GGAUUAGAACCCAGGAUCUUCGGACUCCCAGGCCCAUGCUUUAUCCAGAAUGUUUACCCUCGCGGAAGUCGCAUCGCUUAAUGACAUUCAGCCGACUUACCGGAUCCUGAAACCAUGGUGGGACGUAUUUAUGGAUUACCUGGCCGUCGUGAUGCUGAUGGUGGCCAUCUUCGCCGGAACCAUGCAACUCACCAAAGACCAAGUGGUCUGCUUGCCCGUGCUGCCGUCUCCCGUCCAUCAGAAAGCCCAGCCCGGGGCGGGAAACGCCGACGUCACCCCAGACGUGCCCAAACUGGUGACGGCGACGGACCCGGACGGGUGGGAGGCAGACACCCUUCCCUUCGGGGCGUCGGCCGUAACGUCCGGCGGGCCUCUCGGCCAGACCCCCUCCUCCGGCCCUCCCACCACCGCCUCCCAACUGGAGACGAGGAGAGGGCAGAAAGACGCUACCGGUCGCAAGACCAACUUGGAUUUCCAGCAGUACGUCUUCAUCAAUCAGAUGUGUUACCACGUGGCCCUUCCUUGGUAUUCGAAGUACUUUCCCUACCUCGCCCUCAUCCACACCAUCAUCCUGAUGGUCAGCAGCAACUUCUGGUUUAAGUAUCCCAAAACCUGCUCCAAAGUGGAACACUUCGUCUCGAUCCUGGGGAAGUGCUUCGAGUCGCCUUGGACCACCAAAGCGCUGUCCGAGACGGCCUGCGAGGACUCGGAGGAGAACAAGCAGAGGAUGACAGGCGCGCAGUCCCUCCCGAAGCACGUGUCGACCAGCAGCGACGAGGGGAGCCCGAGUUCCAGCACCCCGAUGAUCGGCAAAUCCGGCUUGAAGUUCUCCGCCGAGAGGCCGGUGGUCGAGGUGCCGAGCAUGACCAUUCUGGACAAGAAAGACGGGGAGCAGGCGAAAGCCCUGUUCGAGAAGGUGAGGAAGUUCCGGGCCCACGUAGAAGACAGCGACCUGAUCUACAAACUCUACGUGGUCCAGACCGUCAUCAAGACGGCCAAGUUCAUCUUCAUCCUCUGCUACACCGCCAACUUCGUCAACGCCAUCAGUUUCGAGCACAUCUGCCAACCCGAGGUGGAGCACCUCACCGGCUACAACAAGUUCGAGUGCACCCACAACAUGGCUUACAUGCUGAAAAAGCUGCUCAUCAGUUACAUCUCCAUCAUCUGCGUGUACGGCUUCAUCUGCCUCUACACGCUCUUCUGGUUGUUCCGCAUCCCCUUGAAGGAAUACUCGUUCGAAAAAGUGAGGGAGGAGAGCAGCUUCAGCGACAUUCCCGACGUCAAAAACGACUUCGCCUUCCUUCUGCACAUGGUGGACCAGUACGACCAGCUGUACUCCAAGCGUUUCGGGGUCUUCUUGUCGGAGGUCAGCGAGAACAAGCUGCGGGAGAUCAGCCUGAACCACGAGUGGACCUUCGAAAAGCUCCGCCAGCACGUGUCGCGCAACGCCCAGGAGAAGCAGGAGCUGCAUCUCUUCAUGCUGUCCGGGGUCCCCGAUGCCGUGUUCGACCUCACGGACCUGGACGUGCUGAAACUCGAACUGAUCCCGGAAGCCAAGAUUCCGGCUAAAAUCUCCCAGAUGACCAACCUCCAGGAGCUCCACCUCUGCCACUGCCCGGCCAAAGUGGAGCAGACGGCCUUCAGCUUCCUCCGGGAUCACUUGCGAUGCCUUCACGUGAAGUUCACGGACGUCGCGGAGAUCCCCGCCUGGGUCUACCUGCUCAAGAACCUUCGGGAGUUGUACCUGAUAGGCAACUUGAACUCCGAAAACAAUAAGAUGAUAGGGCUGGAGUCCCUCCGGGAGCUGAGGCACCUGAAGAUCCUCCACGUCAAGAGCAAUCUGACCAAAGUCCCGUCUAAUAUCACAGAUGUGGCUCCGCAUCUGACGAAAUUAGUCAUUCACAACGAUGGCACUAAGCUCGUGGUACUGAACAGCCUUAAGAAAAUGAUGAAUGUAGCAGAGCUAGAACUCCAGAACUGUGAACUGGAGAGAAUUCCGCACGCCAUUUUUAGCCUCUCUAAUUUGCAGGAGCUGGAUCUGAAAUCGAACAGCAUACGCACAAUCGAAGAGAUCAUCAGUUUCCAGCACUUGAAAAGACUGACUUGUCUAAAGUUGUGGCAUAAUAAAAUCGUCAACAUUCCUCCUUCCAUUACCCACGUAAAAAACUUGGAGUCACUUUAUUUCUCGAACAAUAAACUCGAAUCCUUACCCGUGGCAGUGUUUAGUUUACAGAAACUCAGAUACUUAGACGUGAGCUACAACAACAUUUCCAUGAUCCCCUUAGAAAUAGGAAUGCUUCAGAACCUGCAAUAUUUGCAUGUCACCGGGAACAAAGUGGACGUUUUGCCCAAACAGUUGUUCAGGUGCAUUAAAAUGAGGACUUUGUGUCUGGGGCAAAACUGCAUCACCUCGAUCCCGGACAAAAUCGGUCAGCUGGCGCAGCUCACUCAGUUGGAACUGAAGGGGAACUGCCUUGACCGCCUGCCUGCCCAGCUGGGCCUGUGCCGGUCCCUCAAGAAAAGCGGGCUUGUCGUGGAAGAUCACCUCUUUGACACGCUCCCUCCCGAAGUCAAAGAAUCUCUGAACCAAGACACAAACAUCCCCUUUGCUAACGGGAUUUAAACUGAGCUCACACCCACCCACCCCCACACCCGCACAGUACUUCCUAGGUUGCAAAUGCUGAAAGUACAGGUUAUUGCAAGACGGUGCGUUUUAGGAGUCGCUGAAACUUUAAAGUAAAGAGAGAUGGGAGGAGGGGAGAAGACGGAGUGAGGAGAAGGCGGAUAGGAGAUGUAACCGGACGUUCAAUGUUUGUAGUGUUUUUAAGGCAUCAUUUCCGAUUUUUUUUUCUUUUUUUUUUCUUUUGGUGUGAGGGAAGACAAGCUGUAAUCACUAAUCUCAAUGUCUUUUUAAAUUGUUAACUUGGAUGCUGCCGCUACUGAAUGUUUACAAAUGCUUGCCUGCUUAAGUAAAUGAUUAAAUUGGCAUUUUCUUACUAUA